AUGAUGAGUUCGGGUUGUGAGGAUUCGUCUGUGAAUACGAUGGGAAUUCGUGGUAUCCCGGAGCAAUGCGGUUGUGGUCGAAGAACUGGGAUAUACACAUCAAAAACGAAGGUCAAUCCAGGAAGAACUUUCUUUAGAUGCCCAACGUUUCAAAAUGAUCACUUGUAUAAAUGGGUAGAUGAAGCUGUCUACGAAGAGGUUCAAGAUGCAUUGCCAAAAGUUGAAUGCUUUGCAUCAGAUUUUAUGAAAAUUAAAAUGGAGAUCGAAAGCAUGAAAACCGUGGAGGAAGACUUGAAAGAAGAUGUCAGGAAGGCGAGCAAUGAACUUAAGAAGCUGAAUGUGAUCAUGAAAGUGGGUUUUUCGGUGGUUUGUUUAGGCGUUGUGAUAUGUCUUGUGUUGAUCAUGUUUGACAAAGCAGAUGGGUUGUCUAUGAAUAGCUACUAAGAGACUGUUUAUGUAAGGCUAUGUUUAUGUAAGAAUCAUGGUUCAUGUAAGGCUAUGUUUUAAGACAAUGUUUCAGUAAUGUUUAUGUUUUACUUCUUGAUUGUUUAUAGAAGGACAAAUGCACCAUUGAACAGACCAUCAAGAUAAACAACAUGAUGAAAACACAAAGAUAAUAACCAAGACUAUCUUCAUUGAGAGUUUCAAAUUAAAACAGCAGGAAAAGAAGAAAGAAAAAGGUAGUUCUUGUUCCAAAAGCAUUCA